AUGUCGCCCCCGCCCCCCAGGCCUCUGCGGGGUGGCGGCACGACGGCCGGCUCCGCGUCGUCCCCUGGACCGGCGCCCCCCGGCGAGCAGGGCGGGCUCGGGGCUAGUGCGUCGCGGCACCGGCCAGCACGGUGGCCCGGGGACCCCCGGCCCUCGCGCACUGUCGCGGCGCCGGCUGUCCUUGUCGCAAGCGCUCGGGUCCGGCAGCGCGCCGGGGUGUGCGGCCCGGAGGUUUUGGGAUUCGAGAUUGACGCGUUGAACUCCGUCCAGUUUUCAAACCACACAGGCUGCCCAGGCCAGGGGCUGGAGCUGACCGCCCGCUGCAUUGGGUUGACUGGAGGGGCUGGCAGCCGGAGGGGCCUUGAGCUGGGGCAGCACGAGAGCCGGGCGGCAGCCAGGGGGGGCUUGAGGUGCACGGUGUCCGGGGACUCCACCAAAGCAUGGCACCAUCGAGGGCUACACGAGACAAGUCCUUCCUGGCCCCGGGUGGUGGUGGACAUCGUGGGCGUGGGAGCUGAAGCCGCGUGGAACUCCCCGGGGCCCGUGGCACGCCGCGCAGACUCGGGGGCCUUCCCUGAGGCGCGGGCCUCCCAGGUGUCCGCACCGGUCCCCACCCUCAGCUGGCCUCACGUGUGCGACCCCGUGAUGGGCGACAAAUGGAACGGCGAAGGCUCCAUGUACGUUCCGGAGGACCUCCUUCCGGUUUACAAAGAGAAGGUUGUGCCGGUAGCAGACAUCAUAACCCCCAACCAGUUCGAGGCUGAGUUACUGAGCGGCAGAAAGAUCCACAGUCAAGAAGAAGCGUUAGCGGUGAUGGACGUGCUGCACGCCAUGGGCCCCGACACGGUGGUCAUCACCAGCUCUGACCUGCCCUCCCCGAGGGGCAGCGACUACCUGAUCGCGCUGGGGAGCCAGAGGAUCCGGAACCCCGAUGGCUCUGUGGUGACGGAACGCAUCCGGAUGGAGAUGCACAAGGUCGACGCGGUCUUCGUGGGCACCGGGGACCUCUUUGCCGCCAUGCUCCUGGCAUGGACACACAAGCACCCCAACAAUCUCAAGGUGGCCUGUGAGAAGACCUUGUCGGCCAUGCAUCACGUUCUGCAGCGGACCAUUGCAUGUGCAAAAGCCCAGGCAGGGGGAGGACUGAAGCCCAGCCCGUCGCAGCUGGAGCUGAGGAUGGUCCAGAGCAAGAAGGACAUCGAGAACCCGGAGAUCGUGGUCCAGGCCGCGGUGCUGUGAGGGCCCGCGUGCCACCUCCCAACGCACAGCGUGUCGGUGUCUCCAUCGUCGUCCCUGUGAAAACGUAGCAUCUGCCUUAGAGCCGUGACCGAAACUUGAUAUUUUUUUCUUUCGUGAGUGUCCA